AUGUCGUCCUCAAAUCAAGACAUGGAUCGGGAGCGCCCGAUGCCCAUCGCCAUAGUCGGCAUGUCCUGCCGUCUGUCGGGUGGUAUCUCAACACUUGAUGAUUUCUGGACCAUGUUAUCGCGCUCGCGUGAUGGCUGGCGACCUAUUCCUGAAGAAAGAUUCACCCCCAAGGCGUAUUACCACCCGGACCCCUAUAAGAAAGGAAGCUUCAAUAACAAAGGUGGAUACUUUAUGAAUGGCGAUUUGUCGAACUUUGACGCGCCUUUUUUCCAUAUAACAAAACAAGAGGCUGAGGCUAUGGAUCCUCAACAAAGACAUCUUUUAGAAUGCACGUAUGAAGCCCUAGAGAACGCAGGGAUACCUAAGAAUACCAUUUCUGGUAGUAAUAUGGGAGUCUUUAUUGGCGGCGCCUCUUCAGAUUAUCGGCUUGGCACAUUAAAAGAACUUGAUCAAGUACCCAUGUAUGAUGCCACUGGCAAUCAUCAGUCCAUCCAGGCUGGCCGCAUCUCUUAUUACUUCAACUUGCACGGCCCUUCUUUUUCAGCAGACACGGCCUGUUCAUCUGGCCUGUAUGCACUACAUUUGGCAGUGCAGAGCAUCCGGUCAGGAGAAUCGGACUCGGCUAUUGUCGCAGCGUCCAACUUGCAUCUGCAGCCUCACGAUAUGAUUUCCAUGUCAUUACUAGGACUGUUCAACGAACAUGGCAAGACUUUUGCUUUUGAUCACAGGGCAAAAUCCGGCUUUGCUCGAGGCGAGGGCACAGGAUGCCUUAUUCUCAAGCCUCUCCACCAAGCGCUCAAGGAUAAAGACAAGAUACGCUCCGUCAUUAUAAAUACCGGCACGAACCAAGACGGUAAAACCUCAGGAUUGACGAAUCCCAGCGGUGAGGCGCAGGAGCGUUUGAUAAGGGAAGUAUAUGCCAGAGCCGGCAUCUCCCCUGAGGACACUGGCUACGUUGAAGCCCAUGGAACCGGCCGUACAAAGCGCACGCCAUUGUAUAUGGGCUCUGUUAAAUCCAAUGUUGGCCACUUGGAAAAUGCAAGUGGGAUUAUAUCCGUCAUCAAAGCGUCCAUGAUGCUCGAGAAGGGCUUCAUUCUUCCCAACGCCAAUUUCGAAAAGGCUAAUGAGGCGAUUCCUCUCGAUGAAUGGAACAUCAAAGUUCCAACUAGUAUACGACCGUGGCCUCGACACAAGCGCUACAUCAGCGUCAACAGCUUCGGUUUCGGAGGCUCCAAUGCGCAUGUAGUGAUGGAGAAGGUUCCCUUCUCGCUUAUUGACUCUCCUUAUGACACCCAGAACGUGAUCCCAAGGUUAUUCGUCCUAUCCGCUCAUGAUGAGGGCGCCGCCAAGCGAGUGGUUGAAAAGCUUGGUAUCUACAUUGAGCAGCAUCCAGAGGUCUUUCAGAAGCGAUUGGGUAGAGAUAUGGCUUAUACACUUGGUGAGAGGAGGUCACAUCUGCAAUGGCGCAUCGCCAUUACAGCAUCGUCAUGCAGUGAGCUUGCUAAUGCGCUCAACGGCGUCGGUGCCACUCCUAUGGUAGCUUCGAAAGAGCCAAAAGUGGCAUUCGUGUAUACCGGACAGGGAGCGCAGUGGGCAGGAAUGGGCAAGGAGCUGAUGGAGAGCCAUCCGAUAUUUGCCAAUACCAUCAGCACAUGUAGUGACUACCUGCAGGAGAUUGGUGCCGAGUUCUCUCUUUUGGAUGAGCUAGCCAAGGGAAAAGAAGAAUCGCUGGUCAACGAGGCACACAUCUCGCAACCAGCAUGUACAGCGAUUCAGCUCGGCCUCACAAAGCUCUUGGAGUCCUGGGGAAUCACGCCGUCGGCCGUUAUUGGUCAUUCCAGUGGGGAAAUUGGAGCUGCCUUUGCUGCUGGUGCUAUUAGCCUUGAGGAUGCCAUGUCUGUGGCCUACUGGCGUGGUAAAGUUUCCUCAGAAUUGAAGCUCAAACACCCAAAUCUUCGAGGUGCCAUGUUGGCUGUCGGCGCUGGGGCCCAGGAGGUUAAGAGCAUCAUCAAGACUAAAGGGCUGCAGAACAUCACCGUUGCCUGUGAGAAUUCUCCAAAUUCCAUUACUGCUUCUGGAGACGAAGAAGAUAUCGACAAGCUUGCUGCAGAAUUGGAGAGUCAGAGCACCUUUAACCGCAAGUUGCGGGUGACAAUGGCAUAUCACUCAGCUCAUAUGCAACUAGUCGCGGAUGAUUACAAGACCGCAAUCAAGUACAUCGCAGAGAAUAAUACCUCCGGUGUCGAGUUUUAUUCGUCUUUACUAGGCAGUAAACUCAACUCCUCGACAUCUCUUGGGCCGUCAUAUUGGGUUGACAACCUUACCCAGCCUGUGCUCUUCUCUCCAGCUCUCAAAGAGCUUUAUCAGGGAGUAAAAGCAGAUGUCAUUAUCGAAGUUGGUCCUCAUGCUGCCCUAGAGGGCCCAAUCAAGCAGAUUUUGAAGAGUAUCAGCCCUCAAGCCGCAAUGGGAGUAAAAUAUUUACCGUGCCUCAUUCGCAAUCAGCAUGCGACCUCCACGCUUUUGGAUUGCGCGGGGAGCCUAUUUGUCAAAGGCCACCCCAUUAGUUUUAGGAAGAUCAACCAUCCUGACGAACGUAUUCGAUUGCCUGCUGUCGUCUCAGACUUUUAUCCGUAUCCUUGGACGGAACAUAAGUACUGGUUUGAGCCUCGUUCAUCCAAGCAGUUGCGUCAGAAGCCGUUUAGGCGCCAUGAUCUCUUGGGUCUCUUGGAAGAUUCAUAUAGCGAUAUUGAGCCGAAAUGGAAGAGCACCAUUUCAACAGAUGAUGUUCCAUGGCUCAAGGAUCAUCGAAUGCAGUCAUUAGCCACGUUCCCACUAGCAGGCUACAUCUGUAUGGCUGUGGAGGCGGCGUCACAACGUGCACAGUUGCGAGGUAUUCCGGCUGAGCAAAUCGAUGGUUUCCGCCUUCGAGAAAUUCAAGUCUCCAAGGCUCUCAUACUCGACGACGGUGCUCCAUAUGAGAUGGUAUUCUCUCUGAAGCCUUAUGCUGAGGGUACAAGAUCCAACUCUAGUGACUGGGAUGAAUUCCGCAUCUCCUCAUGGACCUCAACCAGAGGAUGGUUGGAGCAUUGCAGUGGCCUCGUUGGUAUCAAAAAAGCCACUUCGGCCAACCCAGUCUGUGAUGGAUUACUGCGCGCCGCUUCUAUUCGUCGCCAGCAAAUUCAGGGCAUGAACUGCCAUCAACUCCCCAUGGAUGCCUUCUAUUCUGAAUUGGAGUCUCGCGGGGCGGGUUACAGCGGAGCCUUCAGAAUCUCGUCAGAUGCUGAUAUGAAAAUGCACGGACAGUACUCUACUGCUUCUUUGACUGUUCCUGAUACAGCAACUAUAAUGCCGGCAUCUUUUGAGUCAGCAUCCAUUGCGCCUGCAGCAUUUGUGGAUUUGUUGUUUCAACUAACAUUUCCAAUACUUGGCGCGGGUUGUGGCGAAAUGCCUUCUCUCUUCAUGCCGUCCGCUGUCAAAGAAAUGGAAAUAAGCAGUAAGUUGCCUAGCAAUCCUGGCGACCGGGUGCAAGUUGUCGCUCAUGGGCGUCCAGACUUUAAAGCUCCUGGGCCCGUCGACUUUUUUAUCGAUAUGUGGUAUAAGGAUGACGUUGAGCCUGUGGCAAAGAUCAAUGGUUUUAGGAUGACACCAGUGAACGGCGACAUUGAUGAGAAUGCAAGCCCGCGAUCCAUCUGUUAUAAGGUACAAUGGGAAUCCCUUGACAGAGCCAACGAGAUGUCGGAAAGCAGCAACAGCCAGAACGGCCAGAACGGCCAUGCCAAUGAGGGAAAUGGUGCCAAGAAUCAUAUAAAUGGGCAUCACGAUACCCCCCAAGAGACUUCCGAAGAGGUGAACGGCAAUGGUGUGGCAGGUAACGGCAAGGCGACCAACGGCGAGGUUGCAGCAUCCAGUCUCAAUGACGGCCUAAGUGAUGCCGAGUUUGUCCUAAUCUCUCAUCAUGAUGGAAGUAAUCCACUCGUAGGAGCCCUUCUGGAUCUCCUGGAAUUGCGGACAGCGAAACGGCCACAGCUUGUUGACUUUUCCAACGUCAUGCCCGAACCUAGUUGCUGCUACAUCUGUCUGACCGAAAUAGACAAGUCACUGUUUGCCAAUAUGACCAAGAAGAUAUUCGAACAGAUGCAGAAUCUACUCACUACCUGUCAGUCUAUGCUCUGGGUAACCUCUGGAGCGUAUAGAUUUGCAGAUCAUCCAGAGGGCAAUAUUUCUCAAGGGCUCCUGCGCACAGUCCGUUCUGAGGCAAACAAGGCUGUAGCCUCUCUCGACUUAGAUCCCCAUUCGAAGCUUGAUGUGCGGGAUACCGCCGAGCUCAUUCUUCGUGCCGUUAAAAUUUCUACUGCGAUGCCCGAAGAUGACACUCCCGUAGACUACGAGUUUACGGAAGAAGGUGGCAAGCUUAUGGUUCCCCGUGUGGUCAAGCAAGAUGACAUGAAUCUUGCCAUCUUUCACGACACUGAGGCUUCAGCCGCGCCGCCCUACUUGCAACCGUUUGAACAAUCCGGACGACGACUCACAGUUGCUGUUGGCACUUAUGGCGCCCUUGACUCUCUUUACUGGAAAGAUGAACAUGAGACACCUCUGGGUGCACACGAAGUUGAGAUUAAAGUAGCGUGCACAGGCAUGAACUUCAAGGAUGUAGUUAUUGCAAUGGGCCAGGUUGCUAGUCCGUACCUCGGUGUCGAAUGCAGCGGCACGAUAUCCCGCGUCGGCUCGAGUGUUGGUUCUCUGAAAGUUGGCGAUCGUGUUUGUGCCAUGUCUCUGGGCGCCUACAGCACAUACUCUCGAUGCCUUGCGUCCAGUGCCGCUGCUAUCCCUGAUGAUAUGAGUUUCGAGAUUGCAGCAUCAAUUCCUGUUGUAUACUGCACCGCCUACUAUGGUAUCGUGGACCUUGCUCGACUGGAGUAUGGAGAAAAGAUACUGAUUCAUGCCGCAACCGGUGGUGUUGGACAAGCAGCCAUCCAGCUGGCGCAGAUGAUUGGCGCAGAAAUUUAUGCCACCGUUGGGAGUGCAGAUAAGAAGAAGUUCCUGAUGGAUACGUAUGGCAUCCCAGAAAGCCGUAUCUUUUACAGUCGAGACGUUUCGUUUGGUCCGGCCAUGCGGGAGGCCACUGGUGGCCAUGGAGUUGAUGUGGUGAUCAAUUCGCUUGCAGGGGAUCUUCUUCGUGAAACAUGGGAAUGCCUUGCACCGUUUGGGCGCUUCAUUGAGCUCGGAAAGCGGGAUAUCACAAAGAACACAAGACUCGAGAUGGCCAAGCUUGAGUACAACUGUACGUUCAGCUCAGUCGAUUUGACACUUGUUGCAGCAGAGCGGCCCAAAAUCAUGGAACGCACAUUUGCAUCCGUCAUGCGCCUCCUCGGAAACAAGACGGUCAACCCCAUCGGACCCAUCACAUGCGUCAACAUCCAAGAUGUCGAAGGAGCACUUCGCAAACUUCAAAGCGGCAAAACGACAGGAAAGUUGGUGGUAACGCAUAGUGGCAAAAGUCAGGUCAAAGCCACACAUCCUGCGCCUCGUUCAGAUAUGCUAGAGCGCGACGCAACAUAUCUGAUUAUUGGAGGAACAGGUGGCCUCGGACGCUCAAUCACGAGACGGAUGGUCAGGCGAGGUGCUCGUCACAUCAUCUUACUUUCUCGGAGAGGCAAAGUGACUGAUGAUUUGAGCAAGCUGAAGAAGGAGAGUCGGAAGCUGGGUGCUUCGAUAUACGUUGUGCCUUGUGAUGUCGCAGAUGAAAAGAGUGUCCGAGCAUUGGUGGAGGAGCUGCAAGAGGAUUUACCUCCAAUUCGAGGCAUUAUCCACGCGGCCAUGGUUCUCAGAGAUGUCCUUUUCGAGAAAAUGACCUUUGAAGAUUAUGAAGCCGUCGUUAGAAGCAAAAUUUCCGGAGCGUGGAAUUUUCAUAACGCGCUCAUCGAUACCCCUCUCCAAUUUUUUAUUGUCCUCUCUUCUGUUGCUGGCAUCGUGGGCAACCGAGGUCAGGCACACUAUUCUGCUGCCAACACGUACCUUGACGCUCUCGUUUUGCAUCGACGCCGCAAAGGCCUAGCAGCCGCAUCAAUCGAUCUUGCCGCAGUCGAGGGAGUCGGCUAUCUAGCUGAAAAUGCAGCCAAGAUGUCCCAGGUCAUGAAGAACUUGUCUGACAGUACUGUAGGUGAGGCGGAGGUAUUGGCAUUAAUCGAAUCUGCCAUGACAGGCAAAGUCGACUGCUUCUGCCAAGGCCAAGUAAUUACCGGAAUGGGCUUUGAUAACGCAUCGUCAAUGCCGUUUUACGCCACGGAUGCGAAAUUCUCUCACCUCCGUGCUGCUCUGCUCGCUGCAUCAGGCGACGCAGAUUCGCCCUCGGGAUCUGAGAAUUUGUCUAUCGGUCAGCAGCUGCGAAAAUGCACCAUUGCCGAAGAGGCUCAAGAGAUUGUGGCACAUGGCCUUCGAGACAAACUUGGCGCUAUUCUGAUGCUGCCUGAGGAGGUGAUGGCGGCACGACAGGGGAACACUUCCAUCACGGCUUUUGGACUUGAUUCAUUGAACGCCAUUGAGCUGCGGAAUUGGAUCGGAAAAGAGCUGCAAGCCCAUUUGCAGGUGCUGGAGCUGCUUACCAGCGGACGUGUUGCUGAUUUGGCAGGGCUGGUGCUUCGAAAGUCGAGGAUCGAGGGAGCGUGGACGGAGAAGUGA